AUUGCAUUAUGGGAAGCUUAGCACUACUUGACUAUCCAAGAAUACGUAUACGUGUGUGUGCUUGCAAGUAAUAAUCUGCAACUCGUGUUGCUGCUUAGCGAGAGCAGGUUUUGGAGCAAUUCCAUCAAAGAGCCAGCCAGAGCUUCAACGAUGGCGCUCGUAUCACAUCAUGGUGUAUAUAACCAGCGUUGUAAACAUGCAAACGGCGGUCGUUCCGCUCCUGGGUGGCGCCUCUCGCAACCACAGCCUGCUCAGCCCCGGCGACAUCGCCAUGUCGUGUCCGCCGCGCGUUCGCCGCAGCAGCCCGCUCCGCUGCCGCCUCGGGUGAGCUGUGGCGAGGAGGGCGGAGCGCCGCUGCACAUACGCGCCGCGGAGCUCCGCGACUACUGGCCGGCAGCGGACCUACACACGCGGGUGUUCUGUCCGGAGGCGGAGUCAGACCGAAGUAAGGCGCUGUCCAUGCGUGUGGACCGCAUCAUAGCGCUGCAGAUCAACGACCGCAUAUCCAGAGAGGGCGGCGGCAACUCUGUGUUGCUGCUGGCAUUCAACGGGGAGGCGCCGGGCAGUGCGGAGGAGCGCACGGCGGCGGAGGCGGCGUUUGCGGCGGCGGCGCAGGCGGCACAGACGCCCGGGUCUGUCACCCACCUGUCCACCGCCUUCCCCAACCCCAUGUGGUGGCUGGCGCGGCCGCUGGGGCCGGGCGUGCGGGCCGGCAUGGGCGUGGCGGCCGAGUCCGUGGGCCUGGUGGGGGUGGCGGCGGUGGACAGCUUCUGUGACCUGGUGCCGCCGCGGGAGCUGGACCCGCGGCGGGACGGCGCGUUCGGCUUGUACCGCCGGGACGGCUACGCCUACGUGAGCAACGUGGCGGUGCUGCCGGCGGCGCGGCGGCGCGGCGUGGCGCGUCAGCUCAUGGCGGCGGCGGAGGCGCUGGCGGCGGAGUGGGGGUGCAAGGCGGUGGGGCUGCACUGCAACACCAAGAAGACGGCGCCAUGGGCGCUGUACCGCAGCCUGGGCUACCGGGACAGCGGUGUGGUGGAGCCCUGGAUCAUGCCCUACCUGCAGGGCCGGCCGCCCGACCGCUGCUCGUUCCUGGUGAAACGCGUGCCGCUGCAACCGCAGCCGCAACCGCAGCCGGAGGCAGGGGCGGGGGGGGCGGGGCGCACGGAGGGUUCGGGGCCAGCCGGGCUCCGGUAGCCCCGGCCGCUAGCUGCAGCCGUGGGACGUGGGGGGGGGGGGUGGGGCGUGGCGCAGCGGCGCAGGGGAAUGGGGCAUUGGGUCGGCGCCCACGGGGGGAGGGGAGGGGUGGGUGUGAAGUACGGCUGCCCGGGCUGCCCGGGCAAUGGUGCGCCACUGUGCAUGCGGUUGUUGGGCAUGGGUGGUGUCGCCAUACGCGCAUGGAUGCGGUAGGUGUGGAUGGUGGAGUGCCAGAAUGUGGAGGGGUGCCUCGGAGAGUGCAGGCGUCUGCCCCGGCCGUCGUUCGGACAGCGAGGCAGCAGCGUGCUAUGCGUGCCGUGCUCGUGGACGUUAUUAACGAGUGUUGCGGAACUACCGUAGUGCUAGAAAGGUUUGGGCGUUCAAAGUUCGGCGAUGGUUGCCGAAGUUGGGCGCCGAACCUAUAACAAUAUUGUUUAGUAAAGAAUUCGCCGAAAAAUUAAUAUCACUCGCACCAAUUUCGCCAGCGUGGCGCGCGCGCAGGCGCGCGCAAGGAAGGGGUGGACGGGUUUGACACGCCGUGCCUGACCUUAUCUCCCGCUCAUCCAGUUGCGCUGCUUUACCGGACGUGGCUGGCACGUCAGUUUCAGGGGUGGCAGAGGUUACAGUACCGGUACCGCAUCGUACCACCGUAGUGCUGUACGUCCACGGCCGGGGGCAGGCCGCCGAACUUAAGGACAUGAUUGUCAAACAUUCUGGCGCCCUUCCGAAACUUAAAAACAUAAUAUUAAUUCCAGCAUUUCGGAAGCGCCUUUCCGGAAUUUCGAACGCCCAAACCUUUAUAGCACUACGAUAAUGCGUACGUAGACCAGAGCGGAAGGCGGAGUGGGCUUGCAGGCGGCGAGGAACGUUGGGAGGAAACCGGUGGGCAGUUGGCGGAUCAAGCGUCUUUAGGAGUUUAGGUCAACCUGCACUUGGUGGUCAAUGGUGGAUUGUCAGUACUGCGCUGGUGGGGGCGCCGUUGGGACUCUUGUCGUCCGUGGCAAUUCGCUGGAGUUCGCUACAGUGCGAUUGGAACAGAAGCUUUUUAUCUACAUGAAUGUGCCACAUACAUGUAAUGCAAAUGUACGUGCUGGAAGUGCGUGGCCGGCGAGAGUUUGGCCUGCACUUUUUCAAGCCUCCGUCCCCGCGCGACCCUAAUUGCGAGCCCGGAAUAAUUCAACUCCAUGUAAUGUAUGAGUGACUGCACAAGGGCCAAAGGUGCGAGUGGCGUGGAGGGCUCGACGGUGGGUGAGUUUCGGCGUCGGAGGGAGUAGGGUCGCAA